CAUGACCGUGGCUGCCUGUUCCAUCCAGAUGUCUUCAUACACACGGCCCAAUAAGAUCGGGUUUGACACGGAACAUUGUAUAAAUACCUCUCAAUAUCUAGAUCUUCAACAAAACCUAGUUCCUCUCGACGAUACUGCGCAUUGCCGGACGACGCAUACCAUUGCUACCCAUCCCAUUACACAGCCACACUCGCCACCGUACUGCUCACCCGCCCUACCGCAACAAUGGACGCCCUCACCUUUGGCCCCAAGGCCGCUUAUCCUGGUUGUUUGAACAUGGACGAUCUCGCCAUACUAUACCCUCAUAAGUUUCAGUUGCAACUGACCGCACCCCCAGGGUUUAACGCCGGUUACUUCGGUCGCUUGCCUCUAGAGUUAACGUACCAAGUUUUGGAACACGUACCAGUUCAAUCAUUAGUGCAAUUCCGUAACGUCAGCGCCUCUGCGCGAUACAUUGUCGAUACCAUGCCAAAAUUCGUUACGGUCAUGCGCCACGCUCCGCAGAUGAUUUACGGUACCCUUCUCUUACAACCAUCAACCUUCAUCUCAAUUUCCAUUCUCGAUUCCAAGUUACGUCAGCAGCAUUGCGACAUUUGUCCAGCUCGUUUGCUAGCGCCAUAUUUUUGGAUACCGACUGCAACCCGUUUGUGUUAUGGAUGUCUUCUCAACAAGCCCACGCCAAUCGAGCGGGAGGAAAUGGCGCGUCACAAAAUCACGGACUCUUGUGGUUUGCCAACAUUCCGUUUUCCAGCUGCGGUACUUCGCGGCAUCCGACCUGGAUGCGGCCUCGUCGAGCGAUCUACUUCAGGUGCGACCCUGUACGAGAUGGCACGCAAAGAUAAUGGAAUACUGCUAAGCGGGAAGCCUUCAUGGGCUCAAUGGGGUGUAUCCGAGCAUUAUGACUGGUCACCCAAGAAUACCCCAGGUUCCUACCCAUAUCAUAUGCUUUAUAACCUGCAGAGGGCUCCAGAAACCCCAAAUCGAUCUCGGAGAUGUAUAGCGACUGUAGUUGUUCCAUGGGUGCAUGAAAACAAGACUGAGACUGGGGUCUUCUGUUUGACAUGUUCAAAUACAAUGCGCCGUGAUAUGUACCACCGAGACGAAUUCCCUGAACACUUGAGAAUCUGCCGAGUACAACCAGGGCAUAUUAUUGGUAACGGGGGACUCGCCGCUCUUUGGAGAGAUACGCCUUAUCAACACUACCACCUCCCAGCUUCCUAUGUCGAAACAAUGAUUCAUUGCGAGCAUGGAUCUAUUGACAGGUAGGAGCUACAAUGUCCAUCUCGGAUUGGACUUGUAUUCCAGCGCAGAUAGCUUGAAGGAAUGGCCGUGUCAGCGAUGAACUUACUGCGAAAA